AUGAUAAUGAAGACUUAUUAUGAAGCCACUAACAUUAUUGAGAAAUUGGUAGAUAGUUGUGCUUAUCAUCAAGAAUUGAGUCAAAAUGGAUGGAUUUCAGCACCAAAAUGUGGAGGUCUCCUUAAAGUUAGUACUAUAGAACCAGAUAUAUGGAGAGAUAAAGUGGAGGGGGACAUUGGCAAGGUGGGCCAAGCUAUGGAGGAGCUUACCAAGCAGAUGAAGAAUAUGAUGAAUCCUUCUUCUAACUUUACCUCAUUCUCUCCAAUCUCUAAGCCAUCUUUUCUUUGUUCCAUUUGUGAGAGUUAUGAUCAUACUAAUGACAUUUGCCCUACUCUUGAACAAGUUAAUGCAUUUGAGAGAAACACUCAAAUGCAAGGAGUUUGGAAUCAAAGAGGAGGUUAUGGCAAUCAAGGAUGGAAUAAAGAGGGAAACAACAACUACCAGCCACGUCCAUAUCAUCAACAAAAUUAUCAGAAUUUUCAGAACUUUGCUCCUAACCCUUGCUCAAAUUUUACUUCUAGUUUUCAGGAUGCAUCUUCUAACUCUAUGAUAGAUCUUUUGAAAUAGGUAAUGAUGAAGUAGGAUGAAGUGCUAGAGUAGAACAAGAUGAUAUAGAUCAGAAUUGAGCAACUAGAGAGGCAAAACCAUGGGCAUGAAGGGCAAAGUUUCCAAGGGAACUUCAAAGGAGAAAAGAACAAAGGUAAAAUGGAUCAUGUGGGUUAAAAUACCCAAAAUUCAGGUCAACUCCCAACCCAGCCUUGUGUUAAUCCUAGAAAUGUUUCCUAUAUUGAUCAUGCUAAUGAUUAUUCACAUCAUGUUGAUUUAAAUGAAAAUAUUUUUUGUGAAGAAGAACAUCAUGAGCAUGAAUUUGUGAGUGGAAUUUCGAGAUUUAGGAAUGGGAAGGAAUUACCUGAUCCAUUUGAACCUAGAUCUUUUGAAGAGCUUAAUGAUGUGAAAAAUGAGGAAGUUGAUGAUGUUUUGAUGAAAAUUCUUGAUGAACAUAUAGAAAAAUCAGCCAUACCUGAACCUGAUCCAAAAGUUUAUGUGCCUCCUAUUCCAUUUCCCCAAGCUUUAAAGUCUUCCAAAGUCCCUCCUAAUGAUAGUCAAUUGCUUAAAAUUUUUAAGUAACUAUCACUUUCCCUUUGGUAGAUGCUAUUCAGAAUAUCCCUUCUUAUUCUAAGUUUCUUAAAAAUCUUUGUACUCAGUCGAUAAAGCAGAAGAUGAUACAAUUAUCUAAAAGUAUUAGUUCCAUUUUAUUGAAUCAGCUUCUUAGGAAGAGAAGGAAUCCAGGAGCCCCACUUAUUAAAUGUGUAAUUGGGGGAAUGAUUUUUGGUAGAACACUUUUGGACACACUGGAGAGUGUGAAUAUUAUACCUAAAGCUAUUUUUGAUAAAUUUAAAUUUGGUGAAGUAGAGCCUAUCUUUAUUGAGCUACAACUAGCAGAUGGAUCAAUUAGACAACCAAUUAGGAAGCUAGAGGAUGUGAUUGUGAGAGUGGAAAAUUAUUGUUUUCCUGUUGACUUUAUUGUUGCUGAUAUGAAGGUUAUUGAGAAUUUGAGCCAUGCGCCCAUAAUUCUAGGUAGACCUUUCUCAGCUACAUCUCAAGUUAGUACAGAUUUUGGAAAAGGAAUUGUCAAAAUUAAAGUAGGAAAGAAAAGGUGA